CAGAUGUCAGCCUACAACAAACCGAUCCUAUGUCUGCAAACAUCCUUAUAGAUUACCCCACAGGUUAUAGCUGUAGACGCCCUACUUGCCUUGAUUCUCGCUCAAGUCCAGCAUGUGGUUGGGUUCCAGAUUCCUGAUCAUUGCGCUUCUCCAUAGCAUCGUCCCAAGAACCCUUACCGAUACCAUAAGGUUCUUGAGGCUAAUCCCAACCGAAGACACGAUUUGGCUCGAGAGUUCGGUCAAAGAGCCCGGUCAUUGGACGAUAACCCCAAGCGAAUUGGAUCCAGAAGAGUUGUACUCGGCCCUGCGAGAGCAGGCACAUGGACCUCAAGCUAUUCAGCUUCUCAUCGAUUAUGCCAAAAAGAACGCUGACGUCCAAUCGGCCCCGUCGUUCAUCGUGGCUGAUGAGGUCUACCGUCGGCAAAACACUUGGGAACUGUUGGAUCGCGCUGGCAAUUAUCGGCCGGUCGAUCGUGAUCUUGCACAGCUGCUCUUCACAACCGUCUUGAAUAUAUUCGAGAAAAGAGAAGAAGAGAUCAAGAUGCGUCUAUCCAGAGAGACAAGAGAACAAAAAGAAAUGAAAGAAAAAGAAACACAGAAACAAUUUGUAGAUCAUUCGUGUUGCUUCCAACCCUGCAGGGGUGUGAAGUGGUUGAGCCGGAAAAUUGAGAAGCCUUCAUCUUCAGCGCCGGGUACUCAAUCCAAACACCAGUCGGCUCAAUCCUUAUAAGGAAACCGUGGCGACGAGUGGGAUUGCUUAACAACUGCUUGAUUUCCGGACAUGCAUGUCCAGUUUUUCGUGCAGUCCUAUCCCCAUCUUUCAGGUCCCAAUUGCAUUCAGUUUUUCGGGCCCCGGCUCAAAAGUCGAUUUUUAUUAUUCUUGAGUACAAAAAAUUGGUGCUUCAGAGUAAAUGCCAGUCUUGAGAUUCGACUCAAUUUUUUGAAAAAAGUACCAGCUUGCAAAAAUAUCACAUCCCAUUUACCCAUACAUCUUCUUGUGUUUGUCACUCUUCCUUAUCUUCAUAUAACUCAAGGUGGCUCCACUGAAGGUGAAUCCUGAAAGCCUUAAUUAUCUUAUUAAACUCGAUAUUUCCACUAUCUUCUGUACGGUCAGCUCUAAUUCCAAGCCUAUAACCCCUUCCACUCGUCAACUGCACUACAACACACUCUCAAAAAUGCGUGAUGAAAAGUUCUGGUCUCACCGGCAAGUGGGCAUGCCUUGGACCUGCUAGGCUGCUUGCUGUGAAGGACCCGUCCUUAGCCAGAACUCACAAGGUCCUUCUCCCGCAGGAAUCCUUCCCGGCAAACGGACACUCCUGGUACCGUCUUGUCGAAGAAGACUCCUUCCCAAAGAGGACAACAAGGUAUAUCUCCUGGCUGAGCAGCGGUUUGAGAAGAGCUGGGGAAGACCAAUGAUACUCCUCAUGAUUCUCCCAGUCCUCCCCACAGAUCACAGAACAACCCCUAUUAGGGUUAU